AUGCUAUAUCGAGGCUUCGAGGAGAGAUCAAUCUCACUGCCAUCAUCGUUGUUGCAGCCAGCAGCUGCAUCAGAGUCCACCAAUCACAUUGGUUCGCUGAAUGGACUGACAGAGGAGGAUUUUGUCAUCAAAGUCAUCGAUAAGGCCAGCCUGGCCACAAUCACAGACUUGCCGCCACAAAAUGAGGUUGAUAUGCUGAAGGCCCUGCAGAGUCACACGAAUAUUGUAGAUUUGGUCAUGCAGUUUGAAAAUUAUCAGCAUUUGGCCAUAAUGAUGCAAUGCCUGGACUAUGCCACACAGGGUGUGGGCCCCACGCCGGAGAAUAUGUUGGUGAGUCGGAGUGGCCCUGAUGUGGUCCUGGAGCUGAAGAUUUGCGACUUUGGCCUGGCACUUGCCUACGAAGGGGAGCUCUUGACAACGAUCUGUGGCUCUGUGGAUUACAUGAUUGAGGAACACGGCUAUGACUACAAAACAGACUGCUGGUCGCUGGGUCAAUUAAUUUUAUUCCUUAUGUGUUACACGAGGACGCUAAGGAAUACGAGGGACAAGAGCAGCGGCUGCAGCUGGGACUGA